UUUUCAAGGCCUACUCACUGUUAUGGAUAAAAACACAGCGCCAAUCCAAACUUUUAAAUCUAAUAUUAACCAAGCCCUAUCCCCGAUCUCAAACCCUAGCAUUGCUCUUCACUUUUCUCUCUGUCUAAUUACAGGUUUGCCCGAGUAGAUGAGAGGAAGGAGUUACACGCCGUCGCCGCCGCCACGGGGUGGUGUCUAUGGUCGGAGGGGACGGAGCCCGAGCCCCAGAGGUCGCUACGGUGGUGGUCGUGGCCGAGAUCUUCCCACCAGCCUUCUCGUGCGUAACCUUCGCCAUGAUUGCAGGCCAGAAGAACUCCGCAGGCAUUUUGAGCAGUUUGGAGCACUUAAGGACAUUUACUUGCCCAGGGAUUAUUACACUGGGGAACCUCGGGGUUUUGGUUUUGUCCAAUUUGUAGAUCCUGCUGAUGCUGCUGACGCCAAACGUCACAUGGAUGGUUGGGUUCUUCAGGGUCGAGAGUUAACUGUUGUGUUUGCAGAGGAGAACAGGAAAAAGCCAUCUGAUAUGAGGGCAAGGGAACGAGUGAGGGGUCGGUUUCGAAGACGGUCUCCCCCUCGUUAUUCUCGAUCCCCACCUCGUUAUUUGCGCUCCCCUCCACGUUAUGCCAGGUCUCCCUCCCGUGAAUAUUCCCCUCCCCUGAAACGAAGGCAUUACUCCAGAUCUGUUUCACCCAGUGAUCGAAAAUAUAUUCGGGAGAGGUCAUAUUCACAUUCUCCAGCCUAUAAUGGCUCAAGGGGCCGCAGCAGAAGUCCUGACAGGGGACAGGGCCCAAACCGUAGCCGAAGCAGAAGCCAGACCCCAAGACAAUACCCAAGAAGAAGCAGAAGCAGAAGCCAGUCUCCAAUACGAGGUGGAUACUCUGGAGAACCCAAUGGAGAUAGGUCUCCCUGCCAGUGAGCUACACGACGGAGAUGAUACUUAUGUCACACCUAUCAUCCAGAUUUUGUUUGAAGAUAAUGUGAACAAUAGAAAUUUGUUUUAAAUCGUGUUGACGUUUAGGUUCAACUUUGUAGGAUACUUUCUUGAUGUUGCAGUUUUAAUGUCUGUAUGCUAGUAUUUUCAACUUAGAUUGCUGUGUAAUGAAUACUUUUCGGCUUUACUUAUCGGCCCAACUCAAAUUUGUCUACCA